AUGCCCGCAGCAAAGCCCUACCUUGACAUUGAUCUCAAACACGCCAUGGUCGCCCACUCCCACGGCCCACCCCACAGCAGUUCCCACAACAGUAGCAACAACAGUAACAACAACAAGAUGGCACUCGUCUCGGGCUCGUCGUCCGCACCCAGGUCGUCUGCCGGCGCGCUCCUCUCCCUUUCCCAAGACAUUACGGCGCUCGUCUCACUCUCCAUCGAAGCCACGGCGUCACUCGUCAACGACUAUGUCCGCACCGCGCUAGGGACCAUCGGAGUGGGCGAGCUCGUCCGUCCCGAAUCCGCCCGCCGCGGGGGCAGCAGCAACAGCGAGAGCGGUGCCGGCCUUGCCGUCGUCGUUGUCGGCGCCUCUGACCCCACGGGACAGUCUCUCACGCUCCGCCUUGCCAAGUCUGGCUACACCGUCUUCCCCUUUGUCCCUGUGUCAGCGCCGGGCUCGACGGGGGCCGCGCCCGCAUCGUCGCCCUUUUCGGCGCUGCUUCUCGCGUGGUCUGGCGUGCAGAAGCGUCUCCAGGCCCGUGAUCCAGACCAUACCGGAGCCGUCGUGCCACUGGUCAUCGACGACAUGGGAGACGCUUUCUUGUCCGCCAACCCAUACACGACGGCCCCGCCUUCGCCGCCGAGACGCGGUGGGCGCUUCGCCCAUGCCGGUGAAACAGUUCGCGCGUACUGCCGUGAGAAUGGCCUCGCACUCGUCGCCAUUGUGUGUGCGGCGCCCCCAGCAAUCAGGCCACCAUCACCGCGGCGCAACAACAACAACAACAGCAACAACGGCAGUGGCAGCAGCGCCGACACUCUUGUGCCUUGCCUGUCGGGACCCAUCCAUGAAGUCCCACUCUCUGGAAUCCCCACAUCGGCUCUUGCUCGCACAGACGAAGAGGCCCUUAUUGCACUGUACCGCGCCAACAUUCUCGACCCCUUGUGUGUGGUACGCGCCCUAGGCGACCUUCUCGUUAGCCCUCGUGGCGAUGGCCGUACGCGUGGCCGCGUCCUCUUUGUCGAGACAAACGGCACAGUGGAGGACUUGGACCCAACUGCGGCCUUUGGACCAUUCACCGGGGCCGCGCGCAUGAUCUCCGCUGCCAGAGCCGAGACUGCCCGUCUUCUCCGUGCCGAACUCGGUGGGGCGGGCAUUGACGUGUGCGAGAUUGUUGUCGGACCCAUGGCACCGCGCCUCGUCGGACCCGUCCAUCUCCGCUCGUCGUCUGGCGACAGCGACACCGACUGCGCCCUGGCCCAGUACGACGAGAAGAGGCCCGCAGUGAUUCCGCGCGACGGCCCUCUGGCCUCCCGCAUCCGCCUUCUCGCGCGUAUCUUUGCCGUCGACGAUGCGCUCGUCUACUCGUGCGUCCGCCGCGCCAUUGAGGACCGGUACCCGCGUGCGCGCCACCAUGCCGGCCUCGCCCCGCUUUUGUCGACCGUCGCCAACGCCACCCCCGGAGCUGGUAUUAGAGAACACACGUGUGCCCGUGUCCCCGCCGGUUCCUAG